AUGCCGCCAAAACGAGGCCAAAAGCGCAAGUCUGACCAUCCACAUGCAGAUGCAAUAGCAGCUAAUGCUGGCACUGUCCUCGUCCCGCCUGAUCGCGACACUUGGUCAGGAUGGGUCGAGAUGGAGAGUGAGCCCGCCUUUUUCAACGUUAUGUUGAAGGAGAUGGGCGUUCGAGGUGCCAAAGUGCAAGAAGUGCUAUCAAUCGAGGACGACAUGCUGGCCAUUCUGCCGCAGCCUUGCCAUGCUCUCAUAUUCCUGUUUCGCUACAAGACGCAAGACGAAGAAGACCAGUACACUGGUAUUGAACAAGAUCACAUCUGGUUUGCCAAUCAGGUACCCGACUUUGCGUGCGCAACAGUGGCCAUGCUGAACAUUGUGAACAACGUCCCUGGUCUACAGAUGGGCGUGCAGCUCCGCGACUUCAAAGCCCACACGAAGGAUAUGGACCCCGUCACCCGCGGCGAAAUGAUUGAUGACUUCCACUUCGUCAAGCGCAUACAUAACUCGUUUGCUCGUGAAAAUGAUCUACUUACAGCUGACAUGCACGCCAAAGAGAAGUUCGCCAGACAGAAGAAGAAGGCUGCGACAGCCAAAGCGCAAGCCACCAAGGCGGCCAAAAAGGCAGAAAAGGAUGCGAAAGAAGAAGCACUAAACGGUGUCGCCAAGCUUAACCGAGCAGUUGCAUGCAGUCGAGCACCGGCAGCGAAUGUUCCACGAUGCCCAUCUACGAAAGCUUCAAAGCCUCUUCCAAAAGCAGUUCACUCUGCAGAUACGAGUUCCGAACCCGAAGAAGAUUCCGACUUCAAGUUGAAUGUAGUAGCAAAGUCACGACCAAACGUCAGCGUUCAGGCACCUCGCAAGCCGGAUGAGGAUUUUAAGACGGAGCAAGGCGAGACGAUAGACCAACCACGACGCUCAAAUCGAGCACGCAAACCUCCCAAUCGCGGCGCCUACGUCUCCGAAGCUAAUGAUGAAGCGGCCCAAGAGGGAUUUCACUUCAUCGCCUACAUGCCCAUCCAGAAUCAUGUCUGGAAGCUGGAUGGUCUCGACUACCAUCCUCACGACUUGGGAUCUUUCGGGCUCGGUGGCAAUGGAGCGGAUGGAGGCACUGGGAACUGGAUGCAUGUUGUCGCGCCUGCCUUGCAGGGUCGUAUGGCAGCCGCACAAGAACAGGGCGAAAUCAGCUUUACCCUGCUGGCAGUGGUUCAUGACCCCAUGGUCGAUGACAGAAGAGAUUUGUGCCAAAAUAUCAAAAUUCUACAGACCAUCGAUAGGCGGCUCGACGAAUUAUUCGAAGACUGGCGAUCUCUGGACGGCGCUGAGACAUCGAAAGACACUCUUCUCGGCCCGUCGCAUGAACUUGACAUCUUCGCUAUCGACAUCGAUGCCACAACAGCACCAACAGAGGUCGUUGCGGAAGUUUCAAGUGAAGAAAAUUUCAUGGCAUUGAUAGAGUACCGCAAACCAUUUCUGAAGAGACAAGCACAAAUCAGAUCAAGCAUUCGAAGUGCGCAAAUGAUGGAGCGGGCUGAUGAGGAGCAGGCUAGGCAGAGGAGACAUGACUAUGCAACAUUCGUUCGGAAAUGGUUGUCUGCUUUAGCGGAACAGGAGGUGCUUUCGCAAUUGAUCGAAUAGGACGGACCAUGCUACAGCGCGUCUUGCAAACAUCCCUCUAGAGACAGCCCAUAUAUAGCGGGCUGCUGGAGUGGUGCACUUGUCCAAACUAGGCUUCGUGCCUCUCUUCAGGUCUUGGCUGUCUUAGCGAGUUUCACGCAAGUAGAUUCUACGGAGGUAGCACCAAUGGACUUCAAAGCGGUCAGUAUGAC